CGAACUAACCCAAUCACCCGCCCGCACAGCCAACACACUCGCCCAACAUGCGGUACAUCUACUCCCAGGAGUCGCUGGACAUUCCAGAGGGCGUCAAGGUCCACAUCAAGACCCGCCAGGUCACCGUCGAGGGCCCCCGCGGCAAGCUCGUGAAGGACCUUGGACAUUUGGCCGUCGCCUUCUCCAAGCCGUCCGCCGGCAAAAUCAACAUCGAACUGCACCACGGCUCGCGCAAGAACGUCGCCACCCUCCGAACCGUCCGUACCCUCAUCAACAACAUGAUCAUCGGUGUUACCAAGGGCUUCAAGUACAAGAUGCGAUACGUCUACGCUCAUUUCCCCAUCAACGUCAACUUGGACAAGGACAACGAGACUGGUCUGUGGGAGGUUGAGAUCAGGAACUUCUUGGGCGAGAAGAUUGUGCGCAAGGUCAUGAUGCAACCCGGUGUCGACGUCGAGGCCAGCAAGAACGUCAAGGACGAGCUCCUCCUCCAAGGCAACUCCCUCGAGGCCGUGUCACAGUCCGCCGCGGACAUUCAGCAGAAGUGCCGAGUCCGAAACAAGGAUAUCCGAAAGUUCUUGGACGGUCUGUACGUGAGCGAGCGUGGCAACAUCGAGGAGGAGGCAUAGAGGCAGUUUGUGUCUGUGGGAAAAUGAAAGCGUUGAUUCCUUACUACACAUUGUGUCGAUUUCUCCCUCCAUGGGGCCUGGGGUACACGGCGCAUUCUGAGUGGGCAAUGACGGGCAGCUGUCAUGAUGUUCUUCUUUUGAGCGAGAGAGCAUGCAUGCAGAAGAUAGCCUUCGUGAAUGAAAGUUCUAAGCUCA